UUUCACAUCAGUCUUUGUAAACGAGAGCACCUUGUUGUUCAUGCUCUUUCUGGAUUAUUGGAUAAAUUAUUAUGAAAUUUGCACAUUUUGUCAUGUAUCUUUGUUUGUUUCUUCUGUGCACUGUAUGGUCCGACCAAUAUGUCCUGGCUGACGACAGCGAUUCUGGGGAAGAUGUUGCAGUACAAUACAAACUACCUGAAGUGGCUAGUGCUUAUUUAUUUGAUCCGUUUGAAUCAGAAGAAGAGUUCAAAAAGAGAUGGAUUGUAUCCGAGGCAAAGAAAGAUGGAGUUGAUAGCGAGAUAUCAAAAUAUGACGGAAUAUGGGCAGUUGAAGAAUCCUCAGAGAAACUUCUUCCUGGUGAUCUUGGACUUGUAUUGAAGUCUAAGGCCAAACAUCAUGCAAUUGCGCUUCAACUUAACGAGGAUUUUGAGUUCGACGAAUCGCCUUUAAUAGUACAGUAUGAAGUGCAAUUUCAAGUUCCUCUGGAAUGUGGUGGAGCUUACCUCAAGUUGAUCAGCAAGGCAGACAAUCUCGAGUUGAGCCAAUUUCAGGACAAAACACCUUACACCAUCAUGUUUGGUCCCGAUAAAUGUGGCUUGGAAAAAAAGCUCCAUUUCAUUUUUCGACACAAGAACCCAAACACUGGUGCAUUCGAAGAGAAGCAUGCAAAGAUUCCUAGUGACAAGUUUGAUAGCAUAUUCGACGAUAAGAAAUCGCAUUUGCUUCGCUUGGUCGUGCAGUCCGAUAACAGCUUUGAAAUAUUCCUGGAUAGCAGCAGUAUUUUCUCCGGGAGUCUACUAAAGGAUGUCGAACCUCCGGUCAAUCCGCCAGCCGAGAUCGACGAUCCUAAUGAUUCAAAGCCGGAGAAUUGGGACGAGCGCGAGAAAAUUCCAGAUCCGGAUGCGGAGAAACCCGAUGACUGGGAUGAGGAGGCUCCCGCCACAAUUCCUGAUCCUGAUGCAAAGAAACCCGAGGGAUGGUUGGACGACGAACCGCAAUAUAUUCCCGAUCCUAAAGCUGUCAAACCCGAUGACUGGGAUAAUGAGGAAGAUGGGGAGUGGGAACCUCCUCAAAUUGCGAAUCCGAAAUGCGAGAAAGUUGGCUGUGGAGAAUGGGAGCGACCAACUAUUGACAACCCUGACUUUAAGGGCAAGUGGAGUGCUCCGUUGAUAACAAACCCUAGUUACCAGGGUAUAUGGAAGCCUAGGAGAAUACCAAAUCCAGAUUUCUUUGAAGACAAAGAACCUUUCCGUAUGACACCCAUUGCUGCUGUUGGUUUUGAGCUGUGGUCAAUGACCGAAAACAUUCUUUUCGAUAACUUGUUGAUCACGGACGAUCUUACGGUUGCCGAUAAACUAGCAGAGGACAGCUGGGCUCUUAAAGCUACUAAAGAUGGCAUAAUGUCUGGCGAGGGCAGCGUUGUGAGUAAUCUUAUGGAAGCCACGAAGGAGAGGCCAUGGCUGUGGUUGCUGUACGCUGUCGUAGUCAUAGUCCCUUUCAUCUUGAUAGCUGCAUGCUGUUUCCCGAGUUCAAAGGUGGACGAGGCUGCAUUGAAGAAAAAAACCGAUGAACCUACGGAGGAUGUAAAAGAUGACGAUGAAAAUGGCAGUCAAGAAAAGAAGGAAGAAACUGAAGUUGAUGACGAGGAAAAUAAAAAGGAAGAAAGCAACGAACAGAAUGAUGAAGACGAUUCGAAAGAGAAAGAAGUAUCCAGCGAAGAGACGGCUGAAAGUUAAGUGUCAAAAGAUCGAAGUUCGGCAAGACUGCGAACAAUUCGUGCCCAAAUGCAGCACGGGUGUUUCUACGAUGUAUUUCGUCGUAAUCUGUGAACGUACUGUUUUGAAGCGCUUGAUUGUUUCGGUAUAAAUCAGUUGAGAGUUUGCAGUAUUAUGUGUUGGUUUUUUUUUCUUUAUUGCGCAUUUGGUUGUCGCCUUUUUAAGACAUCAAUCUUUAAUUUUAUUAUUUGCUGAGUUGCUCGUCGAAAUUGUUUGAUGUAUUUUUUCUAUCAAGAACAAACCGUCCCCUUCAGGUUUUAGAUGGCAUUUUUAUUUAUUUAUUUGCGAUUACAAUGAAUCAAUUAAACGUUACCAACUGUCAA